AUGCCUCUGGUGAAGCGAAACAUCGAGCCCCGGCACUUGUGCCGCGGAGCUCUGCCUGAAGGAAUCACCAGUGAACUGGAGUGUGUCACCAAUAGUACCCUUGCUGCUAUCAUACGCCAGCUAAGCAGUCUGAGCAAACAUGCUGAAGACAUAUUUGGUGAGCUGUUUAAUGAGGCCAACAACUUCUACAUCAGAGCAAAUUCCCUUCAAGACAGAAUUGAUCGCCUUGCUGUCAAAGUUACCCAGCUGGAUUCAACAGUGGAAGAGGUGUCACUACAGGACAUCAACAUGAAGAAAGCAUUCAAAAGUUCCACAGUACAAGACCAACAGGUGGUGUCAAAGAACAGCAUCCCGAAUCCUGUGGCUGACAUUUACAAUCAGAGUGAUAAACCACCGCCUCUGAACAUUCUUACACCAUACAGAGAUGAUAAGAAGGAUGGGUUGAAGUUCUAUACCGAUCCAUCCUAUUUCUUUGACCUCUGGAAAGAAAAGAUGCUCCAGGACACGGAAGACAAAAGGAAAGAGAAAAGGCGACAAAAGGAGCAAAAACGUAUAGAUGGCACAACCCGCGAGGUGAAAAAGGUUAGAAAAGCCAGAAACAGGCGCCAGGAGUGGAAUAUGAUGGCAUAUGACAAAGAGCUUAGACCUGACAACAGGUUGUCUCAGAGUAUAUACCACGGCGCGUCUUCCGAGGGAUCCCUGUCCCCCGACACUAGAUCCCAUGCUUCAGAUGUUACGGAUUACUCUUACCCAGCCACUCCAAACCAUUCUCUGCAUCCACAGCCAGCGACACCUUCCUACACAGCUGGCGACGGGCCACCGCACGGGGCAGCCAGCCAGGCUCCUGAGCAUGAGUUCAGACCACCGUCCACCUCGGCGAGGCACAUGACCCUCAACAGACCGCAGCAGCCACCCCCGCCGCCCCCUCCACAGGCCGCAGAAGGGUCUCAGGCCUCGGCCCCUAUGGCCCCCACAGACUAUGGGAUGCUACCAGCACAGAUAAUUGAAUACUACAACCCAUCAGGACCACCUCCUCCUCCACCGCCCCCUGUGAUUCCUUCCGCACAAACUGCCUUCGUUAGCCCUCUGCAGAUCCCCAUGCAGUCGUCCUUCCCUGCACCUGCUGGCGGCACCUACACGGCUCCUCCUCACCCUCCUCCCACUGGGCUCGUCGUCACAGCCCCGGCCCCGCCAGGCCCCCCGCCGUCCCCACCCGGCCCCCCUGGUGCCGGCUCCUCGCUCUCAUCCUCACCCAUGCAUGGCCCCCCAGUAGCCGAGGUGAAGCGUCAGGAAACCGCACAGCCACCCAUCAGUGAUGCUCGAAGCGAUCUUCUUGCUGCUAUUCGAAUGGGAAUACAGCUGAAAAAGGUGCAGGAGCAGCGUGAGCAGGAGGCCAAGCGGGAGCCCGUGGGGAACGACGUGGCCACCAUCCUCUCCAGGCGCAUUGCCGUGGAGUACAGCGAUUCGGACGACGACUCGGAGUUUGAUGAGAAUGACUGGUCAGAUUGA